CUUUCAAAUCUCUCACGAUCUUGAUUUUUCCUCGUUUCAGCUUCUUCUUCACUUGCACCACGACUUGAAAUUUCUUUUAUUUCCCUGGAAAUUUUUUUGAACUUUCUUGCGUUUUGAGCUAUUUUUCCAACUGGGUUAGAGGAAAUUUCAUCUGGGUAUGUUUGGAUGGUGAGAAAAUAAAUAGAAAAUAAUCAAAAUACUACAAUGCCUGUGUCAACUCGGUCUCAAUUCGUGAACCACGAACAGAAUGACUCAAACGGAGAGCAUAGAACCAGAAGCCGAUCAAGGUCGGAACAAGAAGAAACAACACAAACGAAUCUUUAUCUAAGAAACCCACAUCACGGGUUGAAAGAGAAAAUGAGAGCUUUGACUCUUUUGUACGAGCAACAAAAGAAAGCUUCGGCAGCUCUCAGAAAUCAGUCUCCGAAACCUGAAGAGAAGCGAAUUGCAACAACACAUCCAAGCGUUGAGCUCCUUGGUUCGUGUAAAAAAGAACAAAAAGAAUCGAAAGAUUCAAGCUUUUUGCACAAUGUCAUGAAAGAGAACACCGCCAAGCCGCCAAGUUCUACAAUUACAAGAACCUUCGUGUUGCCUCAACCGCCGUUGGAUGAUGUUAAGGAGAAUCUCGUGAUGGGGCCUGAUCGCAUUCUUGGGUUCCCAAGAAAGGCCAAUGUGACAACAACAGUGGCGAGGAAGUUAUCAAUGGGCGGCUCAUUGCCACAGCGAGAGACUAAAGAAGUAAAUGGGGCUAAAAUGGAGGGUGUUGCAGAGAGAGUUGUUAAUUGUGGGAGUCGAAUUCUUGUGUUUGUGAGGCUUAGGCCGAUGUCUAAGAAAGAGAAGGAAGCGGGGUCUCGGUGUUGUGUGAGGAUUGUGAAUAAGAAGGAGGUUUAUUUGACUGAGUUUGCUAAUGAGAAUGAUUAUCUUCGGCUUAAGAGGCUUCGUGGACGCCAUUUUACUUUCGAUGCUUCAUUUUCGGAUUCGACUUCUCAACAAGAAGUCUAUUCCACCACAACCGCAGAGCUUGUCGAAGCAGUUCUCCAGGGAAGGAAUGGAUCAGUUUUCUGCUAUGGUGCCACAGGAGCUGGAAAAACAUAUACAAUGCUAGGUACUGUGGAGAAUCCAGGAGUGAUGGUUUUAGCAAUUAAGGAUCUAUUCACCAAGAUUAGACAGAGGAGUUGUGAUGGAAACCAUUUAGUUCACCUCUCCUAUCUCGAGGUCUACAAUGAAACUGUCAGGGAUUUGCUUUCACCUGGAAGACCUCUGGUCCUUAGAGAAGAUAAACAGGGAAUUGUAGCAGCAGGCCUUACACAGUACAGAGCUUACUCUACAGAUGAGGUAAUGGCAUUGCUUCAGCGUGGAAACCAAAACCGAACUACUGAACCAACACGUGCCAAUGAGACCUCUUCACGCUCCCACGCCAUUCUGCAGGUUGUAGUUGAAUACAGAGUUAAAGAUGCUUCUAUGAACAUUGUCAAUAGAGUUGGAAAGCUUUCACUGAUCGAUCUUGCUGGGUCAGAAAGAGCCCUUGCAACUGAUCAGAGAACAGUCAGAUCAAUUGAGGGUGCCAACAUAAAUCGGUCACUCCUUGCACUGAGCAGCUGCAUCAAUGCCCUUGUGGAGGGUAAGAAACACAUCCCAUAUCGGAAUUCGAAGCUUACUCAACUCCUCAAGGAUUCAUUAGGGGGAGCUUGUAACACUGCAAUGAUUGCUAACAUUAGUCCAUGCAAUCUCUCAUUCGGUGAAACUCAAAACACCCUGCAUUGGGCUGAUCGAGCCAAGGAAAUCCGAACCAAGGCAACUGAAGCAAAUGAAGAACUACAUCAAGUACCUGAAUCCGAAACUGAUCAAGCCAAGCUAUUACUUGAAUUGCAAAAGGAGAAUCGGGAAUUGCGAGUUCAAAUGGCACGCCAGCAACAAAAGCUACUGACCCUCCAAGCACAAUCCUUAGUUGCAAAUACUUCUCCAACCCCUUCUUCUGUCUCCUCUCUCUUAACUCCUCCAUCUACAGCCCAACCAAAUGAAAAAAGAAAACCCAGAUCAUCUUUCUUAAAUGGUAAUUGUUUUACACCAGAAUUCAAGGGGAAAGGAGCACAGGAAGCGGCUAGAGAGCUUCAGCUGAAUGUGAAGGCAUUAGAAGCAGAAAUUGAGAGAAUGAAGAAAGAUCAUGCUUUGCAGAUAAAGCAUAAGGAUGAUCUCAUUCGUGAGCUUUUACGAAAGAGUGAAAAACCAUUAGAAAGAAGGGGAACAGAAGUGGCAAAGAGGACAGGGGCAGUAACAAGGGCUAGCUUGCGGCCUAAGGAACCAAGCACAGGGGAGUUGAAGAGCCCUAGUCAUCGAUUUCGUUCACCAGUCCCAACAGCUAAAAAACGAAGCUUUUGGGACAUAACAACAUCAAACAGCCCAUCGGUUACUACAUUAAACGGAAGAAAAACCAGAAGUCAUGUAACUUCCGAACCUGCUCCAGCUCCCUCAAUGCUGCUUCAGCCCGGUUUUGCUCGUCAAAAACCUGACCCUUUAAAGUAGUAGUGUAAUCAAGGAGUGGAAGAAGCAGCAGACAGCUGAUUAAAAGCUGAGAAGACAAUGUUGGCCAUCCAAAUAUAUUCUUCCUGAGACAUUCUUUCAGCUCGAGAUGGCAGUUCAAAACGGAAGAAAGAAGAAUGACAGUGCUCGGUGGAUGGUGUCCCUGUA